AUGGAAUCGAAGCAUACCCCAGUCCCAAAUGGGAUGACGUCAUUCUGGCGGACAGAGCCUCACUUUCUGGACAGCCAUCGAUCAACCGAAUCUCUCCCUCGGGAGUGUGAUAUCGUCGUUGUAGGAGCUGGAUAUGCAGGAGCAUCUGUUGUGCACCAUAUUCUCGACCAACUUAGCCCCGGGUCGACGCCGCCUUCGAUUGUGAUUCUGGAGGCUCGACAGGCUUGUUCCGGUGCCACUGGUCGAAAUGGAGGACACAUGAAGCCGGAUGUUUAUAAUGGUAUCGCUAGCUUGGCCGUUGAUCAUGGUGUCGAGGCUGCUGCUGAGGUUGCCGCUUUCGAGGCUAAGCAUGUCUCGUUUCUCAAGGAGUUCGUCGAAAGAGAAAAGAUAGACUGUGAAUACACCGUCACAAAGGCUAUCGAUGUUCAGUUGUCUCGGAGCUAUAGCGCAACACUCAAGAAGGCAUACGAUGGAUUGAUCGAGAAGGGGUGUGAAGCGACCACGAAGGCAAAAUAUAUCCCCAGAAACGAGGCCGAGAAGUUCUCUGGAGUCAAAGGGGCACAAGGUUGUUUCACAUAUGACGCCGGUCACAUUUGGCCAUACAAAUUCGUGCUGCACCUUCUGGAAAAAGCAAUUGCGGAAGGUGUAAAUUUACAGACGCACACACCUGUAUCUGGAAUUAUAAAGUCUACUCCCUCAACAUCCAGCCAUCCUUGGACAGUGAAUACUGCCCGAGGUUCUGUUGCCGCCAAGACAGUGGUUCUAGCAACGAAUGCCUAUACUUCGUCUCUAGCCCCGCAAUAUAAGGAGAAGAUUAUCCCUGUCCGAGGAACAUGCAGCCGAAUUGUCGUGCCUCGAGGUUCUACCGCUCCUCCUCUGACGAAUACUUACACCCUGCGCUGGAACAAUUGGAAUUACGACUACCUCAUCCCACGCGCCGAUGGGAGUAUAGUCGUUGGCGGUGCUCGCCCGGCUUUCAUCGAUGAUCUAGACAGCUGGUACAAUGUCAGUGAUGACAGCCUGGUUCUUGAGCCUGCUGUCCGAUACUGGGAUAAUUAUAUGCAGCGGAACUUUGUCGGUUGGGAAAAUAGCCACGCUUACACGGACAGGGUCUGGACAGGAAUCAUGGGCUAUUCGUCGGAUGGAUUACCGCAUAUUGGCCUUGUCCCAGGACAGAAGGAUCAGUACAUUAUCGCUGGGUUCACGGGACAUGGAAUGCCUCAAAUUUUCCUGGCGGCCGAGGGCUUGGCAAAAAUGGUACUCAAUGAUAUCGAUUUUGCAAAGACUGGACUCCCGCGGCUAUUUGAGUCUACUCAGUCCCGGCUUGAUAGUCGCCAGAACAAGAUAUUCGAUAGCACCCCCGGGGCUGGGAAACCCCAAGCAAGACUGUUUAAAUACCAGCUACCUGUUGAAGAAGCAUUCAGAUCGCAGCUUCGGCUCGCAGAUAUCUUAUACUGUGUCGCUGGUGGCAACUAUAACCAGAACGGCUUCUUCGUUGACCUCACAGCAAAAGACCUUGAGAACUGCAUGCGAAAUAACCACCUCUCCGCUGCAUAUGCUGUAAAGACUAUGAUGGACAUAUGGCUUGACGAGGAUACCUCAGAAGUCGAGCCGACCCGUCAGCGACACCGAGAGAUCAUCUUCAUCAACAGCUGUGCGGCAUUCCUAGGUCUUCCUGGCUCAGUUACAUACACCACUGCGAAGACCGCAGUGAUGCGUGCCCUUGCCGAUAACCUCCGUAUAGAAGUCCUCCAUCACAACUGCACGUACUCAAAAUACUCGAUCCAUAUCGCCUUCCCGGGUGAUUUCAUAUCCCCGGGCUUCAUAAAGGAGCAGCAGACAAAAGUUCCCCUCAACAAGAAGAUCCAAGGGUUGGAGCAACCCAUGGCACAGCUUUUGCACAAGUUCCCGACGUCGGACAAGGUUCAUUGCCCGUCACCCAAGCGGGGAUGGGGUGUGUUUGAUGCGCUGAUGUCGCCAUUAAUGGGUUGGAUUGUGCUGCCCUAUUUGCGAUGGAAAUGGGAGGGCUUGACCAAGAAGGACGGUGAGGAGCUGCAGAAGUCUAGGGUGAAGUAA